GCGUGCGGCUGUACCGUGUAUCAACGUUGGACAUUUUGUCUCGUUUUUCAAGAAAAAUUGUUAAAUUUCACCAAGUGGAAAGCUGCUGCAAUUCGGCAUAAAAAAUUUAGCUAGCGGCAUUUGUUUCUCAAUGAAGUGAGCCUUUGACGCUAAAAAAUGGACCGAGAUCUUUUGAUUUAUGUGGAAAAUAUAUCACCCAGCAGCAACGAGGAGUCGCUGGUAAAUUAUCUGCAAAAAUGGGCUUCAACAGUAGAGGUUUACUUUUUGAGGGAAAAGCAGUGCACCAAGCGGUCAUUAGCCGGUUUCAUCCGUGUCACCAACGAGGCCGAUCUCCAAAAGGUGCUUGAUAGAAAUCAGCAAAACUAUCGCGGAAAGCGACUGUUCAUGUUGCGCACCGAUCAACCGCAGUUUUUCCAAGCCGAUCAAACGAUUAUUGUCAGAAACAUUAAUGCAAAAAUUUCGGAAGAAAAUUUAUGUGAGCACUUUGAGGAAUGCGGAGCAAUAACUCAUGUACAAGUUCGAACCGACGAUUUUGCAUACAUUGGAUUUCAAGAUAAGACAGGGGCAAAAUAUGCAAUGGCAAAGAAUAAUAUGCCUUUGAAAAAUACCAAUUUAAAAAUCCAAUUGCUGACUCGGAAUGUUGAAAUUAUGAUUGUUAAUCUUGACACGUUGCAAAAGAAUAUGCAUCAACUGUACCGGCAGCUGUGUAUGCCUAUCCAACCGAAACCUGUUGUAAGUCAACAACAGGCAGAUAACGCACAACAAGAGCCUCGGCAGGUAGAACAAAAAACACAGCAGCAAGAAGAACAACCCCAACAGCAACAGCAAAAUUAUUCACAGCAAAAUCAACAAAGACAACAACAUCAAAAUAGACAACCACAACAGCAAAACAAACAACAUCAACAACAGCAGCAAAAUCGUCCGCCUCAACAACACCAGCAACAGCAAAGUCGUCCUCAACAACAACAUCAGCAACAGCAAAAUCGCCCGCAGCAACAACAGCAACAGCAAAAUCGCCCGCAGCAACAACAACAGCAACAGCAAAAUCGCCCGCAGCAACAACAACAGCAACAGCAGAAUCGCCCGCAGCAACAACAUCAGCAGCAGCAGCAGCACCAAAACCGACAACCACAACAGCAAAACAAGCAACAUCAACAGCAGCAAAAUGGACAUCAACAAUCGAAUCAACCAAGAGUAAAUGUAUGGCAGUCAAAUGUGCUCAAUCAAGCACCAUUGCCGCAGAGAGUUCGCCAACAACAACAGGAACCGCCGAAAUCCGAAGCUCAACCACAUCCAGUCGCGUCAUCUGCGCUGCCUGUCAACGGUUCUAACGGCAGCAAACCUAACGAAGAGCCAGACGUUAUCGUAUUAGAUCCUUCGCUGCCAGAGACGGCUGAUGCUGACGCUCCGGCCAUUGCUGACGAAGCAGAUUCGGAUGUUCAAUUUGUGACAGGCCACGAUCCGGACUUGCCGCCAAUUCCGUCUGAAUAUCAACCAAAACCGGACGAUGUUAUGCGCCCUGUAAAAGCGUCGGAGAUUAUGAUGAUCGACAAUGAAGUGAAGGACGAAGCCGAUCGACGUGCGGUGUGGGUGAACAAUAUCCCGGCGGAAACGCGCCGCAUCGAGUUGAUCGAAUACUUCGAACAAUUCGGAAGCGUCCUCAAUUGCAAGGUUAAACCCUCGACCUGCUGUUUCUUUACAAAGUGGGCCAAGGUAACUUUUAUUAGUGAGCAAGUUGCGGAGAAGGCUGCCGAAUAUUUCCUACAUCCAUACCGGGAGCGUUAUCUGUUUGUUCUACCUUGCAAAAAAUGCGUAGAGGAAAAUCCGGAUCGGACUUUCGUUAUUGAUUAUUUAUCGAAGUACACAACGUACGAAGAAGUCGCCGCUGCGUUCAAACACGUUGGCGAAGUAAAUUAUUUAGUGCGCUUGUAUGGUAAUUCCUUCAAGUCACGUAUAUUUUUUGCUAAUGACGUCAACCCGGAAGAAGUCUUGGCAGUGAAGUCGGUUAAUGGAUUGCCUAUCAAUGUGGAACGGUUCACUAAGGGAAUGGCACUUAAAAAUCCAAAGGGUAAAUUGAAAGAGCUCAUAGCAUCAAGGGAGAAAAAGGACGACGAAAAGUUAGCUCGGCUAGAGAGAAUUAACGAGAUAAAUCAGGCCGAGUUGUCGGCUCCGUGCAUCCCAAGAUUAUAUACAAACAAUGAUCCCGUAAAACAUCCUGUCGAAGUCAUCAUUGAGAAUGUAGCUAAAGGAACUAGCAACAAGCAAAUCUAUGGACUGUUUAAAACCAUUGGCCAACCGAUCUCGAUUCGGCGCGAACCCGAGCCGUACGACCGAAGAGUGGAGCGAAUUUUCGUUGGAUUCCCUACACUAUCGAAGGCUUUGAAGGCUGCGGAGUUAUCGCCGGAGACAACAUUGAAAGGACACAAUUUGUUUAUUUACACAGCCUGGACCACCGCCACGAAAUCGCAAAAUAAUACGUUGCUUUUGAAGUUAGCUGAAACGGUAACCAUUCAAGCGAUCUAUAAUGAAAUGUCGCGUUUUGGUCGGGUUCGUUACGUUCAGAUGGACGGUGAUAAGCAAGCUACCGUUGUAUUCUUUGGGUUAGACAGUAAACCGGUGGAAAGCGCUCGGUCAGCCACCACAAUCGGUAACGUGAAAAUUCUCAGCAAAGUUCGUUUAAAUGGUCCAAGCACGGCCAUAAAAUCCGAUGGGCCCAUCGUUAUUGACGAUGAGGUGGAAAUAGUUGCAGUUGAGCCGGCAGACACGUCCGCUGGCGCCAAACCAGUAUCGAAUGUACCUUCAAAUGAUGAUUGGGAUAUGGAGGAGCAAACGAACAAAGAACGGCUGUCAAAGCAGCAACAGAAACAGCAGCCAAGGGGAUCUCAGAAUCCUCGUCAGAAAUUCAGAAAUCCCUUCAGUGAGCAGCAGCAGCAGAGGCAAUCACGCCGAGACGGACCAUACCAGCAGCAACAACAACAACAGCAGCAGCAGCAGGGAAAUCCUUGGAACAAUCAGAAUUUCAGAAUGGAUGAUUCACCAAGACGUCAGUUUGAUCGCAACGAUCAAGGUCCGUGGCAGAAUCAAAGAAGGCAAGACGAUCAAUUUGAUCGCUUCAAUCAGGAGCGCAACAUGAAUCAAUUCGAAAGAGGAGGAUUGAGGCCACUGAUGGACGAUGGCGACUUUAAUCGGGGUGCGAUGCAAUUCGAUAACCCACCAUUGGAUCGUUUCGAUCAACGGCAAUAUCCGAAUCAAUUCAGUCCACCACGGCACCGCUCACCGUUUGAACAAAACUUCCGUAACUGGAAUGAAGGAACUCGGGGAAGAGAAUCUCCCUUGAACAUCCCGCCGAACAUUUCCGACGACGAUAUAGAUUCCUAUAUAAUGCAAAAACAGUUAGCUAUCGAGCGCCGGUUGGAACAGUUGGAUAAGCAGUUGACGACAUCGGGCGAUUCAAGACGGUCGCGCAAUUCGGACGACGUGCGACGACGACGUGAUGAGGUCGUUUUCGGCGAUAAUGGUGAUGUGCACUACGUUCCCAAUCCGGCAGCAAGAUUCCGUGACGGUCGGCGAAACGCAAAUCGCAACCGUCAGAACGGAAGAGGCCGCGCCGUGCCGAUGGCCAGCCGCCGGACACACGAUCCGUUCGAUGACAUCGAGCAGAUCAACGUUCCAGCGGGUUUCGAUGAUCGUCCGCCGUCGCCGAAAAGAAGUCGCAACUACCAGGGGGAGGACGACUUCGAUGCCGAGCGGUUCAACGCAGCAUGGUGUUGAAAUGGGUGAUGUGCUUUUGGGUAAAAUUUUUAAAUGUUCUGCACUCAUCUUUGGGAACUACAUGCUUAAUACUCUACCCUAGAGUAUUGACUUUUAUCCAAUGAAUGAUUUAAUCUACAGAUAUGAUGUAAUGCGUAUUAAAUGAAUAAAAUUUAGACCACAAUUAACGCGAAGUAAGGUUUUGUGACAAGUCUUUUUUGUUUGUUUGCUUUUCGGUGGUUUGGUUUACUUGCAUAAAUUGCGGUGGUAAUUACAAGUUAAAAUUCAUUCUAUGCACAGUACAGUACACCCGAUUCCAGUUUUUAUUUACGGUCAUGCUUCGGUAAUUCUCACGCUUCUGUGCUUAUUACCGGAAAAAAAAUCUACAACAAUAGGAAUGUCCAAUUUAACGGUAGGCAUAAAAUUAUUUCCUCGUAAUAACUAGUAUACAGGUCAUGUUGUGGGGCAACGAGUAAAAUGGAUAGUCCAAAAAAAGUCUAAACCUAUCAGAAAUUUACGUCGACAUAAAGCGACGCAGCUGUUUGGGCCUAUAUACGAUGACAUCCCAGCUCGUGGAACCGCCAAUCGCUGCGCUAUCAUACAGAACAAUCCACCGCCCAUUUCAGCAAUGUUGUAACCAAGCGGGCAAAAAUAGAUCGUGUUACCACGAGCAACUGAUGGUGGCAUCCAUCAAAGUAGCCGCGCCUGCGGUGACAAGUAAG